AUGAGCCAGAGUACUGACCAACCUCCGCCAGCCUACUCGGAAUUUGACAAAUAUCCCCUGGCCACGGACGAGGAUGAACAACAGCCAGUAAUCAAAACCGCCCCACAGCCGGUCAUCUGGUCAUCAUCGCAUCCACAGACCACCGCGGCACCGGAUUUCGCGUCAUCAACCCAGGCCGGUACAAACACGACCAGUGUGAGUCGACCUAACACUUGGCUUGAACCUUUCCCCAAACCACCCGGUGAACCGCCCCCAGUGCCAACGAACUGGUUCUAUUCUCGGCUCAGUUCUAUACGGCAAUCUUUGGUCGCACGAUUCGGUUCGACACGGGCGCGUCAUAACACAGACACCGUGGUUACCCCAUCCGCAGCUCAGUCCGCAUCACCACGCACUGCACGAUCGCCCGUCGACGUGACGUGUGAAACAAAUGGCCAGCCGGUAUCGCUCACUGGUUCCACGCAAUACUCGGUAGCGGAAGCGACCGGGAUCACCAACCAAUCACCCGCUCAAUCCUCUUCACCGUCAAACUCUGACUCAGUUCAACCGUACAGAUCACGUGGUUACGUAACAAAUCAAUCCUCUGUGGAAACCAACCCGUCAUUGGAUCAUGUCAUAAUUCUAACACGACCAAGAAUGCAGCAGAAAAGUCAGCAAUGA